AUGGCCUACCACUCAGCUUACCGCGGCAUUGCGACGGGUGCCAACGGCGAAUUUCUACACUUUGUGCGGACAAUCGACCCAUCACAUUUGGAAGGCGGGUAUUGGAGGUUCCAGCAUAUCGACGAUGACCGGCGCGCAAUGGCCCGCGGCUUCACAACACCUGAGGAUGUUCUCCAAGCUGCCGACUCCAGCGACGACAGGUUCGACGAGAUCAAUUUAAGAUGGGUGAGGGGCGCAAACGAUACAAGCUUCAAGAUGGCGAUGUCGGGUACGGCGCAUCAUCAUCUCCAAACGAUCUACGAAUUGCGCUCGAUGCUUCAUCUGCCCAUGUCGUCCAGAGGGCAAGUGCCACUCUACCCAAUCAGCACCAACCCACGACUCAAGCAGUACUGGGAGGCGAAAUACAGAGCUCAACGGCCCACCCCGAUCGAUUCUGCGAUCCAGCUACCGGAACGUCCCAUCUCAUCUCCAGUAACACCAGGUCCCGUGCACUCGACUUCGUCGCAAGCUCAGCAAGCAGAGCCAGAGAAGCCAAAGUCCCCUGUUGGCAGAGUUACCAGGGCACGCAGUGCGAAGCUAUCACAAGCAGCGCGACCAAAGCCUGCAGCCAAGACCAAGUCCGCCAAACAAAGACCCAGUGCUUCUAUAGCGCCCACAGGCCAGUCUUCGUUCACGUCUCCAUCGUUAGAGAAGACCAACGUUUCACUUCCUCCUGCCAAAGCGGCAAACCAAGGGCAGAUCCCUUCCCAAAGCUUCGCAACGCAGCCGUUGACGUCCGCACAACCUGAUCCGUCCGCCACCGGGAAUGUGCCUACGAUUCCGCGAGCCGCGUUAGAAUGGGGAUUACAGCCGUCACCGAGACAGGCAACAUCAAAUCCCAGCAAUGGAGUCUCGCAACAUAACUGGGUUCACCCGUCCGCUCGCGUACCCGCUGUUCCAUACCCUCCUUACGCAGCUCCCCCGCAACAGCAAGUCCAGUCCAAUAGUGCUGCAGGCCCUUUGCCGAAGAAUACCACCUCGAUAUCAAGAGCCUCCAAUUCUUCGAACAUGCCAAUCCGAUCUCCGACGGGCGGAAGACAAGACAAACGUUUCGAUGACAUAUAUAAUAGGCACAGGAUACCGAAGCAGAGAGACGAUAUUCAAGCGGAUGGUCGUAAUACAGGGUCCUCCGCCAACACAGGACACGGGCAGGUUGCAGCUCCAACAACGCCAUUUGCUUUCGACGAUGAUGAUACUAUCGCCGGUGUAUCAACAAGUCCGCACGCGCCCCACAAUGCUACCCCAAAGACCCCCUCAAAUGCACCGCAUCGGGUGUCAUUCGAUAGCCGGUCUAGCCCGAUACCGUUGCCAACAAGCUCUCCAGCGCAUUAUAACGAAGGUGCAAGAAUGGAAGAGCCAGUCGCGGCCGCUGGAGCGUGCGACACGACAAACAACGAGCAGACUUAUGCUUCUCGGGCGAAACAACAGCAGUCAAUCAGUGACCUCCGGUCGCCCAGCAUAUCAGACUCACGCCCAUCGAGUACCAAAGCUGCAGGCGUAACGGAGAAGCCUGUAGAGACCAUCCCCGAGCCGUGGGGCAGCUACAUGAAAGGCCUUGAACAGCUUCCAUGUGUAGAUUGCGGAGAAGAUGAAGGACAUCUGCUAAACUGCAACCUUGGUAACAUAAUACCAAUGCAGAACCUUACCGUCCUCGACUAUCGCACCCUUGCUGAUGCUGUCGAGCAGUUCGAUCCUGGCCCAUGGACAACCCACUUCGUCCCUCCUGAACCCGAGCUUGAAGACGUAGCGACACAAAUGCGAGGCUUGGCUGCGGUUAUACGGAAUGAGGAUAGCUACAAACAAGAUGCCGAGCUUCAAGGGCUACCUGAUGACCUCAUGAUGAUGUUGUGGGCUUUCAAGACUUCGGACAAUGUUCAGGUUAUCAAUGAGGAUGAUUGGGAUUCCGGCAUCGGCGAGUUCGAGAUGUGGUGA